AAAAACCCAAAUCACAAAUCUUCAAAUCCAUAAUUGACAAAAUCGUCGCUUUUGUUAAUGGGUGUUUUCUCCAAUCUUCGAGGUCCUAAAAUUGGAUCGACCCAUGAAGAAUUGCCUGUAGCCAAUGGCUCUUCUUCUUCUUCGUCUACUUCCUCUUUCAAGCGUAAAGUCUCGACCUUGUUGCCAAUCUGCGUGGCUCUGGUUAUCAUCAUCGAGAUCGGGUUCCUGUGUCGGCUCGAUAACGCUCCUUUGGUCGAUACGUUGACCCAUUUUUUCACCAAGUCGUCGUCCGAUUUGAAAGUCGGGUCGGGAAUGGAGAAAUGCCAGGAGUGGUUAGAGAGAGUGGAUUCAGUGACUUAUUCUAGAGAUUUCAGUAAAAAUCCAAUCUUUAUCGCUGGUAGUAACAAGGAGUUCGAAUCGUGUUCUGUUGAUUGUGUUAUGGGAUUCAGUUCAGAUAAGAAACCCGAUGCCGCUUUUGGAUUAAGUCAUCAACCUGGAACACUCAGUAUAAUCCGUUCCAUGGAAUCGGCACAGUACUACCAAGAGAACAAUCUUGCUCAAGCACGACGGAGAGGUUAUGAUAUUGUGAUGACAACUAGUCUGUCAUCAGAUGUUCCUGUUGGGUAUUUUUCAUGGGCGGAAUAUGAUAUUAUGGCUCCAGUGUAUCCAAAGACCGAGAAAGCUCUUGCUGCUGCUUUUAUAUCCAAUUGUGCGGCUCGGAAUUUCCGCCUGCAAGCUCUUGAAGCCUUAAUGGAGGCGAAUGUUAAGAUUGAUUCUUAUGGUGGUUGUCACCGGAAUCGGGAUGGGAGUGUGGAGAAGGUUGAAGCUCUUAAGCACUACAAAUUCAGUCUAGCUUUUGAGAACACCAACGAGGAGGAUUAUGUCACAGAGAAGUUCUUCCAAUCUCUAGUUGCUGGAUCUGUCCCUGUGGUUGUUGGAGCUCCAAAUAUAGAAGAAUUUGCACCUUCUCCUGACUCAUUCCUUCACAUUAAGCAGAUGGAUGAUGUCAAGGCAGUUGCAAAGAAAAUGAAGUAUCUUGCGGAUAACCCUGACGCCUAUACUCAGACGCUAAGAUGGAAACACGAAGGCCCUUCAGAUUCUUUUAAGGCACUUAUUGAUAUGGCUGCUGUACACUCUUCUUGUCGUCUCUGCAUCUUUGUGGCUACAAGGAUUCAUGAGCAAGAAGAGAAGAGCCCUGAGUUUAAGAGACGACCCUGCAAAUGCACCAGGGGCUCACAGACAGUUAAUCAUUUGUAUGUUAGAGAGAGGGGACGGUUUGACAUGGAAUCCAUCUUCUUGAAGGAUGGAAAUCUGACUCUGGAAGCUCUGAAAUCUGCAGUACUUGAAAAGUUCAAGUCUCUGAGACAUGAACCGAUAUGGAAGAAGGAAAGACCCGCGACCUUAAGAGGAGACGGUGAACUUAGAAUACAUGGGAUAUAUCCGCUUGGUCUGACUCAAAGACAAGCCCUUUACAACUUCAAAUUCGAAGGAAAUUCAAGUCUCAGUACUCACAUACAGAGAAACCCUUGUCCCAAAUUCGAAGUUGUCUUUGUCUAAAUUCUAUUCAUACUUGGUAUAGAAGAAAACCAAAGUUUAUUUUGUGAUGCACGCUUUGAAUGUAGUUUGUCUUAGGCAGGAUUAAGGAACGAGUACAUAUAAAAAUAAAAACAGAUUUUGCUU